CAAAACUAUAAAAUGCCCCUUUGAGGCGUGGCCGGGUGCGAAGGCAGGCAGCAGCACACAUUCUGAGCUGAAAUGGAGAAGUAUUUUGGAAACGCUUACCGGGGAGACCCGGGAGUCCCCCACUCCGACCCGAGUACAUUUUGGAGCAAGUGGAUCGGUGCUGCUGGCUUCUCAGCCGUAACCUGGUUCAAUCCUUACAUGUGGCAACUCACCAAUGAGUACAAUCGGCCACAAAGUCCGGGCAGAAUCUCUCCGGCCAUAAAUUCCGGCGUGAAUAGUGGUCGUGGAUGGUGUGCUUUCGGUAGUGAUAUAAACCUACCGUCCUCUUCACCUCAACAUCCAGACUUACCGCCGAGAAAAUCAUCGCUGCCGCCUCAUCCACGCGCCGCCACAUGCCGCUGCAGUUGGACCCGCAAUCAGUGGCGGAGCCAGAAAAACGGGUCAGGGGGGUCGAAAAUCAACUAUGUACAAAAUGAAAAUGUUGGCAUGAUCAAGCAAUGCUUUUUGAGCAGUACCACUGGAAGCAAGCACGGAAGAAGAACCAGCCAUAUAAGUUUAAGUGGAAUCAAAUGUCCAGAGAAGUUAGAGACUCAUACUACUUCAACUGGCCUGUCUAUUUUCCAUAGGGUUCUUGGAUUUGGAGAUAUGCUCAUCUAACUGGAAAUAAUUCGAGGCCCACAGAAAAAAUGUGUUUUCAAUGGUCUCUAUUGUCAGAAUUAAAGAUUAAAAGCCUUUUCUUUUUCCUGUCAUAAUGGUUAAUGGCACAUCUUGACAUUCUGCAUUAUCUGGGUAUGACUAGGAGUGGACCCUUCUGGUUACGGUUAGCGCUUCCGAAGGGUAUCAUUACCUUAACUGGGGAUCACUGGGAUCAGCCCGGUUCCGGUUUACUUGAUUGAUUCUCGGUGUCCUAGUUUUAAUUUUUUUACUUGCAAUUAUCGAUCAAUGCAUAUAAUGAAAACUACUGUAAUGAUAUUUUCGAAAGUUUAAAUAGCAUACAAAUGAAAUAAGGAACACAUAUAAACGUUCAAAAAAAGUU